UCCUUCACCCAAAAUAUGUUUCAGUAGCAAUGUCUUGUUCUGACAGAUCACCUCCCUUGCAUACUAUUACUCCGCUCGUUGUUAAGUGGAAUUAUUCAAGAACCACUUGUGGAAACUAUUGCCAGUGGUCCAGGUGUGGCAUUGGAGGGUUGCGAUUUCACAAAUUAAUAAGGCGAAAUGAACAAAGAUCAAGAGAUGAGGGUGCUUCCACACCAGUUCUACCCGGACAUGGUCGAGUGGGUGGAUCAAACACGACCUAGUCUCUCAGAGCAGAUAAACACGUGUUCAUAUUCAUCUAGCAAUAAAGAUGAAAGUUUUUGUUUACUCUUCGAUUCAGCAAAUUGUGCAAAACCUCAUGCAGACGUCCCCUCCUUCCCAAGGCUGGUGUCAGACACCGCCUGCACGACGACCACCGGGACUGGACAUAUCCAGGAAUAUUUUCUUCCAGAUGAGUCUUACUCACCAACAGCCAGCAAACCUUUUGAAUGUAACCAGCUGUCUACAAUCAGUCCAGUUUUUACUCACAGGUCUGGUAGUUCUCUGGACUCUGUCUGCUCCCUCACAUGUCCUGAAACAGGUAAAGGAGACUGCAGGCUCACUGUCAUAAGGGAAUCGGUUUGCAUGUUAGAGGAAGGGAAUCAUGAAGAAAAAACAGUUAUUCAUCCGAAAACAUCAAGUUUACAGUUUCCUGUAGAUGACAAAGCAUCUUCAAACAAAGGAGUACAAGGGGAUACAAAGGAUGAACAGGUAACAAGCAACUGGCUGACAGCGAAAGCUGGAAGGAAAAAACGAAGUCCCUACACCAAAUACCAGACACUGGAACUGGAAAAAGAAUUCCUUUUUAAUAUGUAUUUGACAAGAGAACGCCGUUUAGAAAUUAGUAGGAGCGUCAACCUUACGGACAGACAGGUCAAAAUAUGGUUUCAGAAUCGAAGAAUGAAGUUAAAAAAACUGACCCGUGAGAACCGAGUUGGACAAAUGACCGCUUCGUUUUCAGGAUAAUUUUGAGUAUGUGGAAUUCGUGUCCAUAAUGUUGUGGAUUGUAGUGGUGUUUAGGUCUGGGCAAUGAGUCUGGCAGUUCUGCUCAAACUGCUCCCAAAAGUGGUGAAGAAAAGUCACCAUCAGCCAAGGUGUCGAGCGCACAAUACAACCUCUCUCCUCGACUUAGUGUGGUCAUUUACACAAUCAUAAAACACAUUGUAUAUGCUAUCUGCAGUUAAAUAAAUGU